CUGUCCCAGUCAGGACGGUGUUGCCAGGUUGGACGGUUAUUGGCAGCUUUUGAUGGACAGAAUCUAAGAAUCACCUGUUACGGUUGCCAAGAUAUCCUUAACCGACGUAAAGAGCGUGAGGCCGCGAAAACCAUCAGCUGGAUGUGGCAACCAAACAUCAGGCUGUAGCAAGUGUCAGGUGUCUCGAGGUUUGGUCAAAACUCCACGGAAGUUCGUACAGGAAUUUAGGUAGCUGCAAAGAUGGAAAGCGCGCCAUUCAGUCGAAAGUCGUGGGUGACGCAGUCAUUGCGUGUCACUGCGAAGGAGUUGUCCCUUGUCAGCGGGCGAGGAAAAAGCAACGCCAUUGCCGAGCGCUUCUCCAAGUACCAGAAAGCUGCGGAGGAGUUAAAUGCAAAUAAGAGAAAAGAAGGCUUUAACGGCGCAUCCUCCUCCCAGCGCUCAACUAACCUGAGUGCUUUGAAGAAGCGCUGGGAGCAAGCAGGGCACGUCGGUCAUCAGGACAAGACUCCAUUCAUCUCUGCGCCCAUACACAAUCAGAGCACAACAACUGUCCUGUCCAGGGCGGCUUCUGUCAGCGUGCAGCCUCCUCCUCCAAAGAGCCCGGUGGCCUGGGACCCUCCUCAGGAAGAUCCACUUAGCACACCCGCCACCAAUCUCAUCAUCACGCCUCCAGCUGCUCAACAAACAGAAGAAGAGAGGGGGAUGGACAAAGAUGUGCCCACACACAGCGAAACACCCGAAAAGCUUGACGAACAAGUUCCGACUAGUCCCCGUGCCUCCUAUGAAAAUCCCCGAGUGCCACUAAACAAUCUGAAGAUGAAGUUUGAGAAGGCAGACGGCACCCCAGUAAAGGGUUCCAGGUCCAUGCUACUAAGUGCCUCGUCAGAAGAUAUGGACCAAACCUCUGUGUGUGACCGCGUGCUGGAGAAGACGUCACUAAGGGAGAAGCUGGCCAAAUACUCUGCUGCUGUUUCCAAACAAAGCAACACUAAAACUGCUGUGACACCAGAAGUCCUUCCCUCCAAGAUUUCUCUAUCUGCAAUACAGAAAGUGACACCUGUACAUGAAUGCAAUGGGGAUACCAGCAGCGAGCCCCCGAAAGCAUCCAGGAAGUUCUGCCCUCCAGUCAAGGAGACGUGUGUUGCUUGUCAGAAGACCGUGUAUCCUCUGGAGAAGCUGGUGGCUCUUCAGCACAUCUACCACAAGAGCUGCUUCCGCUGCAUCCAUUGCAGCACAACGCUAAGCCUAGGCAACUUUGCCUCCCUGCAUGGCAACGUCUACUGCAAGCCUCAUUUCAGCCAGCUGUUUAAAGCCAAGGGCAACUACGAUGAGGGCUUCGGGCACCGGCCCCACAAGGAACUGUGGGCGCCUCGCAAGGACGGAGAUGAAGGCGAAGAGGAGGCCGUGAAGCCCAAAGAACAAACAGCGGCAGUCAGGAGCAGAGCAGUGUCAGCGGAGAGCACAUCAGACAAACAGCUGACCCCAACUGCGAAAGGGUCACCACAAGUCAAAGUCACCGACCUUGCCGCCCACCUGGAGACCCGGAUGCAGACGCCCGGCGGCGCUGCAGAGAAGCCGGCCGAGACCCGCAGGUUGAGGAUCGCCUGGCCGCCCCCCGCCGGCGUGCCCCAGCCCGCCACGGGCUUACGUAGCCCGGCUGGCGAGGGGGCCGCUACUGGACGAGCCUGGAGGGCCAAGUGGCCCCCGGAGGACGAGCCGCUGUUCUCUGCUUCAUCGUCCCACAGCGCCGAGCGCGCUGAACUUACGAGCCUGAGGAGGAGCUCGUCUCUUAGGGAGCGCAGUCGGCCCUUCACUAUGGCUGCCCAGCCCAGCGCCGAACCCACAACGAGUCCCAGGGAGCCUCGUCGGCCUCUGAAGGCCCUGCAGGAAUGGAGAGCGUCCCUGGAGGAAAGGAGCUUAUCUCAAGAAAGAAUAGAAGACAAAGUGGAGCUGCAGAGGAAGAGAGAGGAGAUGGAACAACAAAUGGCUAGUGAAGAAGCAAAUAAAAGCAGCCCGGAGGUGAUGGUGGAGAGCGAGCGUCGUGGUGGUGAACAUGCGCAGGAAGGAAGCCCGUUGGCAGAGGACGGCUCCCACAGCAUCUCUCCUGACAUCUCGGCGUCCCCCUCGCCACCCGUGCGGCCCAAACAGAACCGCGCCUCGCAGGACAUCGGCUUCUGGGAGGAGGACAAAGACGAGAGCGACGCAGAGGAGCUGACAGCGGAGGACAUCAUCAAGAGGAACCGUUACUACGACGAUGACGAUGACUGAGAAGAGCAUCUCGUAAUCAACAACUCAAUUUGUCUUACAAAGGAUGUAUAGAUGUUGCAAUAACUGCCUUUUAGUUCUCAAGUUUGUUUUCCUUAUGGUUUUAGCUUUGUCAAUUGUAUAAAUCCUGACGAUACUGGAAGAGGAGUCAAAUAUUUCAUUACUUUCCUACUGUGCAAACUACAUUAGGACUGGAAACAAAUCUGAAUCACAAAUAUGCAACUGCUCUGAAAAUCCUUUCCUUUGCUGAACACCUUAACAGAAACUACGCUGUUGCCAUAUGUAGCCUGAUUGCUAUCUAAAGGGUGUUGAAACAUCACAUUUGUGUAACAUUAUUUUUAGUCUUUGGAAAACCAAGUCAAGAUGCUCUUGAAAUGUUCUUACUGCCACAAAUCGACAAAGCGCUCUUGAUUAAUAUAUAUAUUUUUUUCAAAUUUGGUAUUGUGUAACAGCUUCAAAGUCUUUUGUAUUUUAAAAAAGUGCCACUGAUAAAUGUUUUUUUGAGUUUUUAAAUAAGUUGUAUCAUUAAUUCUAUUUCAGUAGUUUUUCUUAAAGCAUAAUAAAAUGUUAAAGGCAA